AUGGGAAAUCGAGCUUGCAAUGAAUGUGCCAAUGACAAUUAUGAAGAGACUUUGAGAAACAAUAUUCAAUUUGAGCCCAAGAAUGAGAUGCAAAUGUAUGAUGAAAUUUUCGAGAUGAAUUUUGAUAUGGAAAUAGACUCUGUUGCUGAGGAAAAUGUAUGUGCAAAUCAUAUCCCAGUUCAAAAUCUAGAAAUCACUCCAAUCAAUAAUGAGUAUUUGCUUCAUACAAGCCCAUUAAACACUCAGAGAAGCAAAGUUUCUGUUAGAAGCAAUCGUAGCAACAAGGCAAAUCCUCAAAAUUUUGAAUUUGACCCAAAUCUUAAAGAAAUGCAAGGCGAACUUUUUCGAGUUAAGCCCUUGCCUAAAGAGCUCUACAUUUCUCGGUGGUGCACUCUAACCUCUUUCUCAUUUUCCUAUCACAAAUCCCAAUAUUCCUCUUUAUUUGAAGAACGUCCAUUGCUAGAAAUUCCUACAAGUUCUAUUUCUCACAUUUCAGCUUUUAGAGAUCAGAAGUUUUAUUUCGAAAUCCAUACAAAUGAUUUCAAUUAUUUUAAUUCUUCAAAUCUUUUAAUUUACUUAAUACCACGGUUAACGUCCAAUAUCACAUUACUUACCUGGGCUUUCGUCUUUGCUUUGGGUGUCCGGGCACCAGUAGUCAAUUGCAGCUUGGUCUUGAUCCCUCAGCAUCAAGCAUUCAGACUUCGACAGCUGUCAUUUACAACUCUUAGGCAAUAUCAACUUGCGUCCGUCAAAUAUGUGAAAGAUUUCAGUCUCCACCUCCUGGAGUUGGUGGGACACUUCCAGAAAUUCCAUUUAUCCUUGGGAUGGUUAUACAGCUCAGCGUAACGCUUGGCUUUUAAAAGCUCCAUCAUUGCUGGGAUAAAUUCGCUGACUAGGUCAAACCUCAAAAUCCAAAUACACAAGAGAAGAGUUAAAGCCUGUAGACCAGAAAAUUUGAUCUUAUUAAGUCAAAUCUUUUAACAGCUCGCACAAAUAAUUUAUUUGAACAAGCUGCUAUGGAUGCAUCAAAUUCAAUGAAUAAGUCUCAUCUAAUGCAAAGGCCGAGAUAUCUCACACCAGUUUCACCGAAACAAUCAUCAUCCUUGGUUAAGACUAUUUUAAUCCCUGUAGUUCCUAACUCCCUUACACUGUGGGAGAGCAAAAGAAUUUUGCUCGGUCAUUUAUGGGACUUUUUUCGAGAAUUAUAUAUAGCAAGCCAUCCUCCCUAACAAUAUAAUAUUUCGGCAUUAUCGUGGAGUGUCUUCAUAUCUGACAUUUCCAAAUCUCACAUCUGUUAACUACUCAACUGUGAAAACUCUAAAUGCAGGAUUUGGGUUUCAUAUGUGGGAAAGGUCCUGAGGUGUGGAGGCCCAUAUAAUUUAUAUCAAAAUUUGAAAAUAAAUUUAAUUUAAUCUAAAAUUUAUGUUUUAGAACACAAUGAGCAAUUUCAUUAUAAUAAUUCCCAAAAAUAUUUUAUAAACAAUUUUGCUUGCACAAAGGGUAGGUUUUCCCCAAAAAUUAGGAUUUUCCACAUUGAUUUUUGCUCACCGACUCUGGGAGUAAGAAUUUUAAGAAGAAUGGACAGUCUGUAAGAAAAAUGAAAAAUGCAUGGACAAAUAGAGAAAAUCAAAUGUAUUUGUGUGAAGAAAGACUACUAUUUGCGAUAGAUGAGGAAUAUGAAUGAAAGAAGUGGCUUUAUGCUUUCACUAAAAUUAUGAAAGUGAGUGUAAAGGAUCAUAAUUAA